GCAUGCGUUAUAUGUAUUCUGAACUGCCGAACACGUAACGAAAAGUUGGUGUUGUCAUUUUGUGCAUAUGUAAAUUUAGAUCAAUCAUUUAUCAUUAAAACUAUAUUGCAGUAAGAUGACAGAAAAGCUACAACAGAUCCUAAUACUUGAUCCACAAUCAGAGUUACACUUUAAUGGCCCCUUCACAGGUGUAACAACAUUGCAACUUAAACUUUUCAACCCCUCAGAACGAAGGGUUUGUUUCAAGGUGAAAACCACAGCCCCAAAGAGGUACUGUGUAAGGCCCAAUAGUGGUCUGCUCGAGCCAAAGCAGACUGUGCAUGUGGCCAUUAUGCUACAGCCAUUUGAUUACGAUCCUAGUGAAAAGAAUAAACACAAGUUUAUGGUACAAACGAUGUUUGCUCCAGAGGGUGACGUAAACCUUGAAACGUUGUGGAAAGAAGCUAAUACAGAGAACCUAAUGGAUUCCAAGCUAAGAUGCGUGUUCCAUCUCCCCAGUGACAGCACGACACCGAAUAACCUAGAUACCAGUACUGUUGGACAAGCUGAUGAAACAACUCCUGUUACAAAAAUAACCCCUGACCCUUCACCAAAACCCUCCCCAAAGUACGUAGAUAAAGAGAAGGCCACGUAUGAAACAGAGCAAUACACCGAUGAUAAAGUGAUCUGUAUGAAGACUAGUAACGUGAUCGUUGAUGGAGAACUUAGGAAGUACCAAGAGGAAUGUAAACGACUGAAAGAUGAUAUAAUUCAGUUGCAGCAGGAAAACAGCAAACUUCAAGAGGAAAGCUUAAGACAAAGAGGUUGUAGGUCAACUGUUGGAGGGGAAACCCACUCGUCGCUCAAGACCAGCCCUCGGUUAGCCCAUCCCACUGGUAGCCCAACCACGAGUUGUCAAGAAUCUCAACAGAUUCAGCAGAACUAUAUAAUAUAUAUCGGCAUCGUUUUUGGUGGCUAUCUUUUGGGUCUUAUCUUUGGCAAAUUUUUGUUGUAGGUUACCAAAACAAGUAGCUGGCCCCUUGUUUGUUUGUUGUUUUUUUUUUUUAUCUUGUUCCAUUUAUUAAAUACUUGACUACAACCAGACUUCUAAAACUUUUCACUUGGGUCAUGAUCAGUUGUAUUUUAGUACCAGUAGAAUAGUAUCUGACAGCUUUCUGAACCUAGAGGGAGAGGCAGUUCUCUGGAAAAAAAUCGUUUAACAAAAACCAGUUAAUUUGAAGAAGUAAUAAAUAAUCUGGCUCCCAGGUGUCAGGCACUACUAAUAUAUAUCAGAAAUAACGAGAAGAUCUGGACCUUCCACACAAAAGUCUGCUAUAACCACAUUUGGGUCAUGAUCAGUUGUAUUUUAGUACCAGUAGAAUAGUAUCUGACAGCUUUCUGAACCUAGAGGGAGAGGCAGUUCUCUUGAAAAAAAUCGUUUAACAAAAACCAGUUAAUUUGAAGAAGUAAUAAAUAAUCUGGCUCCCAGGUGUCAGGCACUACAAAUAUAUAUAUCAGAAAUUACGAGAAGAUCUGGACCUUCCACACAAAAGUCUGCUAUAACCACGUUAUCGUACUGUUGUACAAUAAGAAACACCUCCUGUACUUUUGAGUUUUCUCGAGAGGUCCUUGUAAGAGCUUAUACAUUUUUUUUAUAUUAUUUUCUUUAUUCAACUUAAGUUUUGAAGUUAGAAGUAUUUUUUGAGAGACAGACAAGAAUAUUUUGCACAUUUUGGAAACAAGAAAUUCAUCUUCAUAGGAUGUAGAUAUCUUUUGUUUAUGACAAUAGCUUGUAAUCUUCAAAAAAAAAUGUGUUUCUUGAUCUAACCAGGUUCUUUGAACUAAAAACAUUAGAUUUUUUUUAAGAGGAUGGUGUGUGGUUUUCACCUUAAAACCUGAAGUGGCUAAAGAACUACAACACAGAUAGUUUAUUAAGACAGUGAUAAUAAGAUAUUAUUCGCCAAUGAUUACAAUAUUUUGUUUUAUUAUUUCAAUAUAGAGUUCAGAUUACUUGACUGUUUAACUAUAAAUUGUUAAGUACCCUCGAUAUUAAGCUGUUUUCCCAAAUGUUUUGAAAUAGUGUUUUUUUUUUAGUGCAUUUUAAUUUUGUUUUUGAGUUCAACCGAGUUUUAUAGGGACUGUUGACCAAAUGAGAUUUAUGCUUAAUUUGUAUUGAUGUUCAACAUAUGUUCUGUAACUUUAUUAGAAUGUUUAAAGUGGAGGUUGUUAGAGACAGUUAUAAGUUAGUUACUGGUAAGAACAUAAAGUUGAUCCAUGUCUAUAUGAAUCAUGUCACGAUGAUGAAGUUGAAAAAAAAAAAAAGAUAGACCUCUUGAAAUUGCCUGUUAACUUCUUGUUUAUUAAGAAGUACUAUUAUUGUAAAUGUCCUAGUGUAUCUUAGCAAAACUAAAACAUUUAACUUAGAUAUAUUGAAUUUCUCGUAUCGUAUAUACAAUAUGGGGUUAAAAGAAUUGUUUAAUGUUUUGUUGAACCUUUCCGUAGGCCACAUAGAGCUAAAAGGUGGUUGUUUUAAUCAUGAUACAAAAAUAAAGUAAUUUUUUAUCUUCUAAGUGGUUUGUGGUUUCACAACCAUUACGUAAAUAGAAGUUAGGUGAAAUACGAAACUCUCGUACACUUUACUUUUUCUAUGAAGCUUUAAAGUAUUUCGGAUCCUUAUUUUAGACAAGAGGGUACAACUAAAAGAGCACCACUUGGUAACUUUUAUAGAAUAGACUGUGAAAUGCCUUAAGGGAAGAUAGUUUCGAUUUAGCCAACUACGGUAUCAACAGCUUUUGUUAAUUUGUCUUAAUUAAUGUGACGUUAUGCAAGUUUACUGAAUUAAGUGUUACCUUUCCACUUUUCAGUAUAGCAACAAAACUUGAAACCUCGGGUAAGAUACAGAUGUACAAAUUGUAUAGGAAUGAUUGGAUGUUAAGAUUUUUAGCAAUAAGUGUAUUCUAAAUUAAUGCUAUGUUUGUGCUAAAUUGUUCAUUUUCGGGCAGUCACUUUUGCAGAGCCUGUCUCGGUGAGAAAUUAAAGACGGCCUGUUAACGAAGAAGGCUACAGAAUCCUUUAUUAAUCCACUAAAAUUUUGUACCAUAUUUGGAUGCGUGCUGAUAUAACCAUAACAAAUAUUGGUUAAUAAAAAAAGUUAAGUUUUUAGUAUAAUUUCUUCCAAUAUUUCACCUGCUUGAAAGUUUAUCUUAAAUUUUUUUUUCACUGGUGUGUUAGUGUUCGAGCUGCACCAUCGUCUUUGCUUACUUUACACAUUUCGUGGAUCGAAAUAUUACAUUGCAGCAUUCCUGAGGAAUUUCUUAUUUUUAGCUGGCUUUCCCAAUUGGGAAUACAUUGCUAAUCCGUAUUCCUUUAGUUAGGUGAACGUAUUGCACAGAUUAAAUAAAAAAAAACAACAAUUAAUGAGGAAAUGAAACUUUACACUAGAGAGAAUGUAAUAUUUGUGAUAGUUUUCACUCGAUUGAAUGUAGUUUUCUUUCUAUCCGUGUGUUUCCACUAUGUUCAUUGGUCAAAACUACUACUACUACAAUAAAUCCUUAUCAUCAACACAGGAUAUUGGAAGUUUACAAAAUAGACUUCGGUCUUUUGGUAAUUCUUUGUUCAACCGUUAUUAUUUAUCUAAAAUCAGAGUUUGUGUGAUCUCGAAAGUUUCCUCAUCGUGUUUAAAACACUGUUCUGUAUUAUAUACGUGGUUGCUUACAAAGUAUUUUUCUCUAUCAAACUUUGGUUUUGAAUUUUAUUUAGUAGUUGGUGUUUGUUUGAUAUCAUAAGGGUUUGCUUAUAUCGUGCAUGGUCACCGUAUACACAUAUAAACGAUUUUAGGAUUUCAGUACGAAACGUUGGAAAAUUAAAUUAUUCAGCAAAUCAAAUUUCGCAUUGUUAUAAGAUAAAAUAAUAAAAAAACAAUAAAAAAUUUCACGUGGAUAACAAAUCCAGUUCUUUUGAAAUCGUUCACCUGCGGGAUCGGGAAGAAAUAUUCGUUUGUAUGGUUUUGGAACUUCAAAAACUAUGUACCGUAUGCAGCACGAACAAAAUUCUGUUGGCGUUUGCUGAUUAUGUGUAGGAGGCUCAGUUGUGGUUGUCAUAGUAAUUAUGUAGUCCAAACAACUUGGAUCUAAAACAUUUAGCAUUGCAGUUUUUGUAAGUUGUUGCAAAUGAUUUUAACAAUAGCAUUUAACACAAAGUUGAUUUGAGUGAGUGGGUUUGGUAAGCUUAAAAUUUUUAGUUUCUUAGUCAGCAUUUGUUUUCAAAAACAAAACUUGCAACAGACAUACCUAUCGUGGAUGAUUGUGGUUCGUUUCAUACCUUUCAACGUGUUUGUUUUGGAAGGACUUAAAAUCAAGUAAGAUACAACUACAAGUGAUUAUCUGAUGCUGAUUGACCUUUGUCCUCAAAGCUGUAGGAGCUCCUACAACUACAAGUGAUUAUCUGUUGCUGAUUGACCUUUGUCCUCAAAGCUGUAAGAACUCCUACAGCUACAAGUGAUUAUCUGAUGCUGAUUGACCUUUGUCCUCAAAGCUGUAGGAGCUCCUACAACUACAAGUGAUUAUCUGUUGCUGAUUGACCUUUGUCCUCAAAGCUGUAGGAACUCCUACAACUACAAGUGAUUAUCUGAUGCUCAUUGACCUUUGGUAAGAAUGUCAGUUAGACCAGUGCUGAGCCAUAAAAAUAGCCUGUUGAUAAAUUUUAUAACAGUAACUUGAGUAAGAAAUAAUCCUUCAGUAUUUCUGAUAUCUUGAACAUUAUAAAAGUUAUAUAAUACACGUUAGUAGUACAGAUAUUGAAGUUGGAAUUGUAUGCUUUGUUUUACUUAUUGUUUUGAUUGAGAAAAGUUUUAUGUCUCUUCGUUUGAAUUACAAGGAAUGUGGGUUUAUCGAAAUCAUGUGAAACUGUUUGAUCGGUAACCCGUCAGCAUGCCAACGUGUUAAAUCUGUUACAAUUCUGUUGUUGUGUAUACCAGAUUUUUACCAAUUGGUUCAGUAAUUUGUUAAAUAAUUAUCCUGGAUAUUUCUUACAAACCUUGUAUGAUACCUUCAACCUAAGUAAAAUAUUUUAAUUUUUGAUGACUUAAAUAUGUAUAAGAUUCCCAUCACUGUUGAGGACACAUUUUAACUUUGAGCUGCAAUCAGAAUGCGAAUGAAAGCAAAGGAGAUUGUAAGAUGUAUAGAGGGGAAGGGAGCUGGGACAUACGGUUGGCUGUUACAUGCAACUAUCAAGUGUAAGUUUCAUCUUGUAUUUUAGACUAAACACACAUACGUGAAACAAUAACUGAAAUAAGGCUAUUGAUCUAAAGUUGUGUAUAAUAAACAGGUUGGCAAGAUCCAUAAAAACUAGUUAAGCUGUUGCUAUAGUUUACUUUGUACUAUUAAAAGUCAAGAUCCAUACAAACCAGUUAAGCUGUUGCUAUAGUUUACUUUGUACUAUUAAAAGUCAAGAUCCAUACAAACCAGUUAAGCUGUUGCUAUAGUUUACUUUGUACUAUUAAAAGUCAAGAUCCAUACAAACCAGUUAAGCUGUUGCUAAAGUUUACUUUGUACUAUUAAAAGUCAAGUUCCAUACAAACCAGUUAAGCUGUUGCUAUAGUUUACUUUGUACUAUUAAAAGUCGAGUUGCAUACAAACCAGUUAAGCUGUUGCUAAAGUUUACUUUGUACUAUUAAAAGUCAAGUUACAUACAAAUUAGUUAAGCUGUUGCUAAAGUUUACUUUGUACUAUUAAAAGUCAAGUUACAUACAAAUUAGUUAAGCUGUUGCUAAAGUUUACUUUGUACUAUUAAAAGUCAAGUUCCAUACAAACCAGUUAAGCUGUUGCUAUAGUUUACUUUGUACUAUUAAAAGUCAAGUUCCAUACAAACCAGUUAAGCUGUUGCUAAAGUUUACUUUGUACUAUUAAAAGUCAAGUUGCAUACAAACCAGUUAAGCUGUUGCUAAAGUUUACUUUGUACUAUUAAAAGUCAAGUUGCAUACAAACCAGUUAAGCUGUUGCUAUAGUUUACUUUGUACUAUUAAAAGUCAAGUUCCAUACAAACCAGUUAAGCUGUUGCUAUAGUUUACUUUGUACUAUUAAAAGUCAAGUUCCAUACAAACCAGUUAAGCUGUUGCUAUAGUUUACUUUGUACUAUUAAAAGUCAAGUUCCAUACAAAUGUUUAAAACUUUAGUUUUAGUCAGUCCUUGUGAUCAUAACUGAGAUAUGAUUGUAUAUCAAUUCUGGUUUAAGUAAGGUUAGAGCCCUACCAUUAGAUCUGUUUUCUUCAGUCAACAGUUGUUGUGUUUUGUAACUCUUUAUCAGUGAAACAAAAGAUGUAUGUAGUAAAUUUUCAAAGAAAUUAAUUUUUUUUCUGACUUUGUUUUCUUGUGUUUAGUCUGACUCUAAUUACGUCAUUAUAGAUAUGCAGUAAUUCUUGUUAAUAACCUAAUUGUCUCUCUUCUAUUUGGCAUCAAAGGUCAUGGUAGUGUAGAGACUACCUGACAGUGCCACCUGGUUUCAUUCAACACAAAUAAUUAUUUCAUUUGCUUAGCACCACUCCCAUCAUCCUAAAAUACUUCCUAGCUGUGAGAUUGUAUAUUGUGGACAUUAUUAUAUUAUUUUAUUUUAUUGACUAAGAACUUAAAAAUGACAGUAAUACAAGAAAAUUGUUAGUCGAUGUGUGUGUUGUUGAUUUCUUGGUGACUUGUAAUGGGGCCUUAUAUGGAUUUGUGAUAGUAUUAAUAUCGUUUGAUAGACCGGUAGGUAAGCUUAACUUGACGAGGUUUUACUUCUCGGGGGGAAAAGUAAAGGAUCUGUGUGUGAUUUUCUUGAACUCAGAUUGUUGAUUUACUUUGAACUUUUUUUUCCUUUCACUUUGUAUCCUAAGUAUGCUCCACGUGUUCUGAUCAAGAUAGUAACUAUAUAUCUAUAUUGAUAUAUUUACACUUACCUUUGUUGCAAGGAUCUUUUAAAUUUUCCUUAAUUUGCAACGUUCGACGGUAACAUUAAUUUACAGUAAACUGAUUUUUCUUGAGUGUACCAGAAUAUUCACAAGUUGAAAAUGGUCUAAAGAGUGUAAGAUGUAAUUUUAGAAGACCUAUCUGGUCGAGGAACUAAUAAAUAAGGAUCAACGUUAUCCUCUACAGUUAUCGUCAUCAUAAGUAUGUACAUAAAGAUCUAUUAAAGCUGAAGAAUUAAUUGUUGUUUGAAUCUGUUCUCACGAAAAUUUGUGAUAUCCAAGAAGGGGCUAAUGAUAAUUGGGGUGGGAUGUAAAGGGUUGGCUAAUAAUGAUUGGGGUAUGAUGUAAAAGGGUUAGCUAAUAAUGAUUGGGGUGGGAUGUAAAGGGUUGACUGUGUUUGAAAAAAGUAUACAAUAGCCCAAGAGAAUUGUAAUUUACUCUAAGAAGAUUACAUUUAAAUCUUUGAUAGAAAUAAUUGCCAAUGGUAUUUUAUUUUGAAUGUAAAGUUUUUAGAAGUGAAAAGGGGAAAUAGAUGACAGAUUUUUCAUGUAGUUAUCAAAGUUUUUGUUCUUCUGGCAGCAAGAGUAAAGUAAAAGUGUGCAGUAAAGGCUUCGUAUGUUGUAAGUGUUGACGGCACUUUUAAAAGUGCUCAUUAAAUUGAUGCAGAUUUCUGUUUCUAAGCUCGAAAGUGAUUGAUUUUUAAAGCGAUAAAAACGUGGAAUGUAUUUCUGUGAGAUAGCUCUACUUGGUACGUUAUGAUUUAUAUUGAAUUAAUACAUUUUUUACAUAAUCAUUUACCAGUUUUUAUAUACAACUAGUGGCAUGUAUUACAAUAGGGUCCUUUAUUAAAGAAUGUUUCAAAUGCUGUUGACCUUGUGUACUGAAAUAAGAGGUUAUUGGUGUACAUUAAUGUAGCUGACCUACAAUAAACAUGUUUAUCAGCAGUAAUUUAGCAGGUGUUGUAUUAAAGGUGUGUUGUAUGAUACAUUUACUGCUGUACAUUAAUGUAACAAAUCCUGUAAUAAAACUAUGAUAUAUGAUGCAGUUAUUGGCCAACCUUAAUGUAACAAGUACCGUAAUAAAGUAUGUUAGUUACACAGUAACAAGUGUACAUUAGUGUAGCAGAAGCUGUAAUAAAAUAUAUAACUUAGCAA